AUGGACCAACCAGGCAUAAGACAAGCAGGCCAAAGAAAAACAGACAUGAAUCAAGCAGUUAUGAGCCCACCAGAUGAAAGUCCAUAUAAUACCAAAGAACCAGGGCCAAGCCAACCAAACAUCAACCAGCCAAGCAUGAGCCAACAAGACAUGAACAAACCAGAUGUGAGAAGACCAGAUGCAAGGCAACCAGAUAUGAACCAACCAGGGCCAAGCAUGGACCAGCCAGUCGUGAGCAAACCAGACGUGAGUCAACAAGGUUUGAGGCAGCCAGACCCAAGCCAACUGCAUAUGAAACAUCCAGGCACAGGCCAACCAGGCAUGAGUCAAGCAGGCCUGAGCCAAACAGGCAUAUGGCAGCCAGGCCCUCCUCCUCCCAACAUAAAGCAAAUGAACUCACGACAAUUGGGUUCAGCAUAUACAGGCAGGAAAUCACCAGAAAUGUGGCAAAUAGACCAAAGCAAUCAGGAAAUGAGACAAUCAGACAUUGUCCAACAAGACACAAGCAAUGCAGGACAGAGACAACCUGAUACAUGGAACACAGAUCCAAGUUAUCCAGGAAUGAAACAAACAGAACCAUGGCAAUGGGAGCCAGGCUCUCCAAGCUUGAGACAAACAGAUGCAUAUCAAUGGAACCCAAGCCAUUUAGGCAAAAAACAUUCAAAUUCAUGGCAAACAGGCCCACAUCACCCAGUCAUCAAACAUUUAGAAUUCAAAGAACCAAGUCCAACUGAACGCGGUACGAAACAACAUGACACAGCACAACCAGGCCCUCCUAGUCAAUCAGGCAUGAGACUGCCAAGCCCAGGACUACCAGGAUCCAGCCAACCAGAUAUGAGACAAUAUGACACAUGGCAAUCAAGCCAGAACCAACAAGGCAUGAAAGAGUUGAGUCCUUGGCAACCAGGCCCCAGCUCACUAGGCAAGAGAUUGUCAGGCACAUGGCCAUUGGGCCUUAGCCAACCAGGCAUGAGACAAUCUGACACAUAUCAACUAGGGCCUACUCAUCCAGGUAUGGAAUGCCUCAGUCAACCAGCCAUGGCAAAACCUGACACUUGUCAAUCAGGCCUUAGCCAAUCAGGCAUGAAAGAGUUGGACACAUGGCAAUCAGGCACCAAUCAACAUGGCAUUAAACAGUUGGAUUCAUGGCAAUGGGGUCCCAACUCCCCAAGCAGAAAACAAUCAGGCAAAUGGCCAGCAGGGCCCAGCCCUCUAGGUAUGAGACAAUUGGAUUCAUGGCAACCAGGCCCGAGCCAACUGGGCAUGAGAUAUUCAGACUCAUGUCCAUGGGGUCCAUGCCACUCAACCAUGAGACACUCAGAUUUAUGGCAACCAAACCAGUCAGGCACAAGACAAUCAGAUGCAUGGCAAACAUGCCCAAGCCACCCUGGCAUGAAACAACUGGAUACAUGGCAAUCAAGUCCCAACUUCCCUGGUGUAAGACAAUUAUAUACAUGGCAGCCAAGCCCCAGUUGCUCAAACACAAGACAAUCAGAAAAAUGGCACCUAGGUCCCAGCAACCCAGACAUGAGACAAACAGAUAUUUGGGAACCAAUACCAAGGCAAUCGAAGACAAGCACCAGCCAACUGCAAACCACUCAAUUAGAUAAAAGUCAACCAGACACCACCCAACCAGGCCUAGGAGAAAUGACACCAUCAGAUACAUCAGAGCCAAGUCCAAGUCAGCCAGAGACAAAAGCCAGCCCAUCAGACACUACCAGCCAAUCAGAAUCAAUUCAAGUAAGCGAUAGUCAACCAAGUAAAAGUCAAUUAGAGCCAAGUGAAUCAAGCAUGAGUGAUUUAAGUAAAAAUCAAGAAGGAAUGCUCCAAUUACCCAUGAGAAAGAAAAACUCUGUUCCUUUCAAAAUAAGACCUGCUGAGCCUCAAGACUGCCCAGAUAUUCUGCGACUGAUCAAAGAAUUGGCUUCCUAUGAAGGUAUGCAAGGAGAAGUAACAUUAACAGAAAUGGAUUUAUUCAGGGAUGGUUUUGGAGAAAAUCCACUUUUCUACUGCCUAAUUGCUGAAGCACCCAGUCAACAGACAGAAUUGGAAGUAAAUACUAUUGGAUUUGCCAUGUACUACUACACAUACGACCCCUGGGUUGGUAAAACGCUUCACCUAGAGGAUUUUUACAUCAGUGAAGAUUACCAAGGUCUGGGUAUUGGGGGUGAAAUGCUGAAGAAACUAAGUCAGAUAGCCAUCAACACCCACUGCAGUGCCAUGCAAUUUCUUGUCGUCAUUUGGAAUCAGGAUUCUGUUGAGUACUACAGUCGCCUAGGGGCUUUAGACCUUUCCUGUGAGGAAGGCUGGCAUUUGUUCAGAUUUAACAUCGAGGAUCUCCUGGGACUUGCAGAGGAAGAAUGAAAACACCUAGUAACAACUCAUCCAAAGAUAGGCCUCAACAUUUGAAUGUCACCUUAGAAACAUCGCUUUGACAUCAAAUGUUGUGAAAUAAAGCAAGUGAGCAAAAUACUCUUGUAGAUAUUUGGCUUUACAGAUUUUUCAAGAUACAGUCAAUUCUUCAUUAUCCAAACUAAACACUAAAGUCUAGUAAAAGUUCUAACAAUCUAAUUGAUUUCAUCAUUCAAAACCACUUACACUGGACUUGAAGUUUUUAGUAACUAUAUUUCAUGAAAUGUACAAUGGUGUUAUUUUCAUAUUUUAACAUAAUUGAAAUUAAGGUAAGCACAAUUCUCAAAUGGAAUUUUCUUAAGGAUUUAGGUUUUAUAUGUGAUGAAGUAUGGGUAUAUGUAAAUAGAAAUAGGUAUGUAUGAGGUUUAUAAUUCAUUUCCUAUAGUGAUGCUAAUUUCUGAAGACAUUACUUGUGAAAAACGCAUGAUUCUUUAUCUUGAGCAUUCAGUACCAUUGCCUCUUUGCUACUGUUCCAUAAGUAAUUCCAUCCCUGAACAUCUAGAGCUCUUUGGUUAUAGUUAGAGAAGAUAUCACAUUCAACACUUUUAUUUGUAUAUGUUUCCAUCCUUCCUGGUACAGUUGCUUUAUAAAGCUCCAAGUAUUUUGGGAUUAUGGAACCAUCUAGAACUAUCAUAAAUGGGUGAGUUCCUGAUAUACAUAAGUCAUACCCACGAAGGAUAUUUGCCUAUUAGAAAAUGCUUAUUUAAAAAUUUGUGUGGUUUAUCAUAUUUAUAUAUACCAAGGACACGGGGUUGCAAUGAAUUAAUAAAUUCUAUUUGGAGGAUGGAAAAGGUGACAGUAAAAUUAUACUUGAAAGUUAGGUAGGAUGUAAGAAUGUAGAGUGAAACAAGACAAAGGGGCGUACUGAGAGAAAAUAGCACAGGCAGAAAGAGCAAACAUGUUCAUUAAGCAAAUGGAAUGUCAUAAAUGUACAUAUGAAGGAAGGUGUCCAAGAAGCAAGAUUAGAAUUAGAAUAUAAGAUAGUAGUAAGUUUUCAUUUGACUCUAUAGGCAAUGGUAAGCUACCGAAGUUUUCAUUGACACAUCAACUUAAUAGUCAAAAAGAUGACUGUCACAAAAUGAAAGAUAAGCUUUAAGAAUCAGGGAAUAUACAUUUAAAUCAAACUCAUUCAUUUCUAAACUUUGAUAUUCUGCCUUCCUCACCACGAGUAAAAAUACUCAUUUUCUACCUUCUUAUAGUGAAGACUGUGGCUAUAUGGGUUCUGGUUUAGUUAUACACAGAAAUCUGAUGAAAAGGACUCAGGUGUACUCUUUGCACACUGUACACCUGUCCUAUGUCUUCCUAGUUUGGAUAUGUAACAUGCUCCCUGAAGGUACAAAUUAUCUUGUGACUCUGAAAUAUGCUAAGGAGAUCAGUGUGGAAAGUCUUGAUGUCACCAAGGAAAUACUGUAUUAUACCUACACCUGUAGCCAGAAGCUUUUAUCUGUCUAGCUUGGUUCAGUUUUUCUCUGGCCUGCUGGUCCCCAUAGCUAUCUAUAAAAUUCAGAGGCUUAAUAUUAAUUGUAAUUUCUUGGCUGAUGGCUCAGGCUUAUUACUGAAUAGCUCUUACAUUUAAAUCAACCAAUUUUUAAUAAUCUGUGUAUCACCACAAGGCUUCAUGGCAUUACCUGUUCUCUAGUACAUCUUGUUUCAGCAGCUCAUUGGCAUUUUUCCAACUCUCCUUCUUUUGGCCUAUAUCUCUGCUUGGAUUUCCCACAUAUCUAUAUUGUACCCUGCCCUAGGCCAAAACAGCUUUAUUCAUCAAACAAUAAAAGCAACACAUAUUGGCAGUGUUCAAAAGGACAUCCCACAUCAAAUGCCACCUUAUUUCUGGUUUUAAAUGUAUUACUUGUUUAAGCUCUUUACCUGGUUCACAUGCAAACAAAAACCCAUCUGAAGUAAGGUUGACAGUGUGCAGAUUAGCCAGUAAGUUAUUGCGAUAUCAGGAGAGUGAAGAUAAAGAUGUAAUAAGAAAAUGAUAGAAUUAGGAAAGGGAGAAAUAUUGAUUU